AAUUUACUUUUGAGGCGUAGGACAAGUCAUAGGAUUAUUACAGAGAAGUACAAACCACAAGACACAGUAAGAACCUGGAGACUUGGUGAUAACAAUGGUAGUGCUUCCUUAAUGCUUGGUUAAUAUUUACCAGUGAUAAAGCAACUAUUUAAGCAAUUGUGGAUGACUUGGUCAUAACAUUUGCUUUCAGGAGCAGAGCACGGUGUAUUUGACAUGUUUUGAGAGGUUUUCUGAAGACACAGGAACAACUUUAAUAUUGAGGUCAAACUCUUAGGAAAGCUUCUUUUGCAGCACUUGUUUUUGACUCGGCUUGUUGAAAAUGGCGGGUGUAAGCAAAUGCAUGAAGUACUCCAUGUUCAUCUUCAACUUUUUCUUUUGGGUGUGUGGUUGCAUUAUUUUGGGAUUCUCUAUAUGGAUACGUGUUAGCAGUGCUCAGCAGGGGCUAGACAACAGCAUGCUUGGAGGAGUUAAUCUACUAAUAGCCGUAGGCUCCAUCAUCAUGAUCCUUGGGUUCCUCGGGUGCUGUGGUGCUGUAAAGGAGAGCCGGUGCAUGCUGAUGUUGUUUUUUAUUGCACUGCUUCUGAUACUGAUUCUUCAGGUCACAGCAGGUGUUUUAGGAGCAGUGUACAAACCUCAGGUUGAAGAAGCCUUUAACAUUACUCUAAGCGAAGGUGUAAAUGCACUGCAAAGUACUACAGGAGAAUAUAAAGAGUUUCAGAAAGAUUUCCAGGAGCUGCAGAAAACGUACCAGUGUUGUGGAUUGAAGAAUGGAGCUAAAGACUGGGGAGAAAAUUUUGACAAACAAAAUGACAUCUGUCUGUGUGAAGCAGAGAAGCCAUCAACAGACCUCUGCAUCAACUAUAAAAACAGAUACAUCUAUAAAAAAUCCUGUGGAGAAGUGAUUAUGCAACAAAUUAAAGACAAUCUGGUCAUAGUUAUGGGGAUCGCCUUUGGACUGGCUGUUGUUGAGAUUCUUGGUUUGGUGUUUUCUAUGACACUCUACUGCCAGAUUGGGAGGAAAUGAAACUGUGAAAAUGUCAGAAUGACUUCACCAGUCAAAUCAAGACCUUUCUAGAAAGAGGGCUAGAAUUUGGGCUGCCACAUUCAGAUAAAUAUGUGCAUGUCCCCGCAGCUGUUCUGAUGAAAAUGGCAGCCCUUGUGCUCAUGGAUACUUAACAACUUGCAAAAUGACCUCUUUAUAGUUGGUAAGACUUAAUGAUGUGAAUAUGUUUUUUUAUUUGCAAUAAACAUAUUUGUUUGUGUU